AUGGGAAUGCAAGCUGAUCAUGGUCCUUCUCGCGCUUCGCCCACUUUUGCACAUCCUUUGCCUAUACCUAUAUUCUACGCAACAGUCGCCCUGGCCGCCGCUGACGGAUGCACCCGUAGUGCUAUGGUAGAAGCCGGCGACACCUGCGACAAGAUCUCCCACAAGUUCGGCGCCUCGACCUUCCAGCUCGCACUGGUGAACGAAGCCUCUAUCGCUGAGAACUGCGACAACCUCAUGCCCAACUCGACCGUCUGCCUCGGUCACGCCGGCACGGACUGCACCAAGGUUUACACUGUCCAGCCCAACGACACCUGCGCGUGGAUCCAAAGCGUCUACGGUAUCUCGAACGAGACCCUCUGGUCCAACAACCCCCAGAUCGACGCGACCUGCUCCAACGUCUACGUCAACGAGGUCCUUUGCGUCGAUACCGAGACGUUUGCCUACCCCAGCUUCAACCGGACUCAGUACGAGACUAUGGCAUACACCUACCUCCCGUGGUGCGACGAAUAA